AUGAAAAAAACAGCAUCUUCAUCCCUAAUAAUUUUCUUAAUUUUAUUUUUUUUGAAUGCGGUGAAGGCUAGUAAUGUAGUAGAGUUAACGCCUGAUAAUUUUGAUCUGUUGAUUGGUAAAGAUGCGCCUGCUCUCGUUGAAUUUUAUGCACCUUGGUGUGGUCAUUGUAAAAAAUUAGCACCUAUUUAUGAACAACUUGCUGACGCUUUCUCAUAUGCCAAAGAUCACGUAAUCAUAGCAAAAGUUGAUGCAGAUAAACAUCGUGAUCUUGGAACUCGAUUUGGAGUUGAGGGAUUUCCAACACUUAAAUGGUUUCAAAAAGGUUCAUCAGAUAAACCAGAUGAUUAUGAGAGUAGUAGGGAACUGGAUAGUUUAGUUACUUUUGUUGAAGAAAAGAGUGGAUAUAAAGCAAAGAAACCUGUCACUGCAGUAACUGAGCUCACAUCUCAUAAUUUUGAUGAUAUAGCUUUAGAUCCCAAUAAGAAUGUGUUGUUGUUGCUAAUAUUGUUGUUAUUAUCAAUAGCACCAAUUUACGAAAAGGUUGCAUUGGAUUUUGAACAGGAAUCAAAUUGUAUUGUUGCAAACCUUGAGGCGCCUUCAUAUAAAGCAAUUGCUGAGAGAUAUGAUGUCAAAGGUUUCCCUACAAUAAAAUUCUUUCAAAAAGGUGAUGAUAAAACUCCGAUUGAUUAUCAAGGUGAUAGGACAGAAGAAGAUUUUGUAAAAUUUUUGAAUAAACAUUGUGGAACUCAUCGUUUAAUUGGCGGUGGUUUAUCUGAAGAGAAAUUCACAAGUGCUUCUACUGAUGAAAAGUCUCAAAUCAUUAUUGAUGCUAAGUCAAUUGAAAACAAAAUAGACAGCAGAUAUUCAAAAUAUUAUAUUAAAGUUAUGGAAAAAAUUAAUGAGAAACCAAAUUAUGUAGAUAAUGAAAUUGAUAGGUUGAAUAAUAUAAUUAAAACCGGUAAAAUGUCAGGUGGUAAAUUAGAUGAUUUUACAAUUAGAAAAAACAUUUUAUCAAGUUUUAAGAAAGAUAAUGAUGCAACUAAUGAACCUCAUGUAGAAUUGUGA